GGAUUUUGUUCAAAAAGGAAAAAAAAAAAAACCUUAAUUUUUUUUUUCUUGUCUCUUUUCUUUCUUUUUUUUUUUUUUUUCAAAGAUGACAGACAACAAUGAUAACAAUUAUCUUGCUAUGCUCAACAACCCAGUGAUUAAUCCACCAGUACAACAACAACCAUUGCAACCAUCACUUCAGUCUACUGCGCCUUGCAUCACUUUGUUCCCAGCAGCACAACAAUGCCAAGACAAACUUCAAACCAAUGAUCUUUAUUUGGUAUCAGAAACAGAUGCACCAUGGUUGAAUGUGGCAGUGCCUUGGUCUUCGGAUAGUUUACCUAGCCAGCGAUCUGAACUUGAACAGGCCGGUCUCUUGGUACGAAAUACACAUGUCGAUCGAUUUGAUGAAGAUGACGAUGAAGAGAAUGGAUUCCGUAUAAAAACUGUUGAUGCAUUCUUUGAACCUUUAAUCAAGCCUGGGCCACAGUCUAAAGAAUAUAAUAGAUUAUUACAGCAAAUCAAGGACGUGUUUGAAAAUAAUGUCAAGGUCUAUCUGGUGGGAAAUCGCGUCAUCACUGUGUUGAUCUUGGGCUUGGUGCAAGACGAGUCAGAACAAAAGGCUUUGGUGGGAUUACAAAGUGAACUAGUACAAACUUAGUAGGUGUCAAAUUAUUGUAGUAAUAUGCUGUAGACAGAUUCCAACAUUAGCAUCAG